UUAUAAUACAGAUAUCUGAUAUCGAAAUCCUAGUUCGCAUUCAGUUUGUAGUAGAUCAGCAGUGCUACAGUUAAGACGAUUGUUAUGGUAGAAAUGACAAGAACUGUAGAUGAUGUAAAUAAUGGGCACUCCACAUCAGUACUUAAUAGUUCUAAGAAAGAAUCAUUUCGUGUUGGUAACCCAUUCUAUCAAAUACUGGAAAUUAUUUCUUUUUUGAUAUUAUGGAAUCUGCAAAUACUGUAUUAUACUGGUGAAUGGAUAUACAGACUAUUUUACAAGUCAGAGCCUAAAUCUGUGAAAAAUGAUGUUGUUUUGAUAACUGGCACUGGUCAUGGAAUUGGAAAACAAUUGGCUCUGUAUUACGCCAAAGCAGGUGCAACUGUAGUUGGUUGGGAUAUCAACAAGGAAAAUAAUGAUCAGACGAUUCAAGAAAUUAACCAAAUGGAUAUUAAGAAAGCCUAUGGAUAUGUAGUGGACGUGAGUGAUGCAGAUAAUGUUGUCAAUACUGCUGAAUUAGUGCAACAGCAAGUUGGAGAAGUGACAAUUCUCAUUGCAAAUGCUGGAAUAAUGCCUUGUCAUCUUUUGAUGGAGCACUCUAGAGAAGAAAUUCGAAGGAUCAUGAACAUAAACGUAUUCCAGUUAUUUUGGCUUAUGGAAGCUUUCUUGCCAACAAUGAUGAAGAACAAUAAAGGUCACAUUGUUGCGAUGUCUUCUGUAGCAGGUUUGGGUGGUUUUCCCAAUUUGGUACCUUACUGCGCGACUAAAUAUGCAGUCCGUGGAUUUAUGGAAAGUCUAAAUGAAGAGCUCAGAAUGAAUCGCAAUAACCAGAUCAAACUCACUACAAUCUACCCGUACAUGGUUGAUACCGGAUUGUGCAAGAAUCCAAGCAUCAAAUUUGACGCUCUAAUGCAGACUCUAAAACCAGAUCAUGUUGCUCGUAAGAUAAUGAUGGCUCAAAGAAGAGAUGUCGCUGAAUUGUCUUUACCAAAUUACCUUUUACCGUUGCAGAAUAUAUUGAGGAUUGUACCGAGGAAAGCGUUUCUGAAGUUUGUGGAUUUUUUGGAUUCUAGAAUUGAAUCGGAUCUUGUGAUGAGAAAUACCAGUGAAUAAAGACAUACAUGACUGCUCAAUGUUGAUUUUAUACAUUAUCAUUAAAUUUUUGAAGAUUUAA